AUGGCGCCGAUUCGCAAUGCUCGAGUGUAUUAUGCAGCGGAGCCUACAGGACACAUCGAACCCGAUGUACAUGUCAAGUACGACGACUCGAAGAUCAUCGACCUCGACAACGUAGCCCUCGAUGGCGGGUUCCUGUUGAAGACGCUCUGCCUGAGUAUAGAUCCAUCCAUGCGUGCUAGGAUGAGCGAAAGAAUGCUGGACCCGAAGAUACAGUCCUACAUAUCCGCAUAUCAGCUUGGCCAACCGUUAAUUGGGUAUGGCCUUGGAAAGGUCAUUCGUUCAGAGGAUCCGUCGGUGAAACCCGGUGAUGUCUUGUACGGAUGGCUGCAUCACGAGGAAUACUCGGUCUACACCGGUCCGCUGACGGCUGUCAUCCCUUUUCGGAAGAUCGAGAAUAUUUCUGUACCCUGGUCCGUUUACACAGGUGUGCUCGGUAUGCCGGGCCAGACCGCAUAUUGGGGCUGGAAGGUUUAUAGCAAAGCCAAGUCUGGCGAUACUGUUUUCAUCUCGACCGCCGCGGGUGCUGUUGGUUCUCUUGUCGUACAGCUUGCGAAGCGAGAUGGUCUGCGCGUCAUCGCUUCUUCUGGAUCCGACGACAAAGCGGCGUUCGCAUCGGAGUGUGGCGCGGAUGUCUCCUUCAACUACAAGACCGACAACGUAUGGGAUGUCCUUGCACGCGAGCAGGGGAUAGAUGUCUACUUUGAUAACGUCGGAGGAGAGCAUCUCGACUGUGCCCUUGCGAACGCGAACAAGUUUGCAAAGUUCAUCGAGUGCGGCAUGGCGUCUCUCUACAAUAGCGAGCCGUAUAACGUCCAGAACCUCGGUCUGAUCAUCGGCAAGGGCAUCACGAUGCAUGGUCUCCUUCAUCACGCCCUUUAUCCCCAGUUCGAAGACGAGUUUUACGCAGUGAUGCCACAGCUUGUCAAGGAUGGUGUCUUCAAGUAUCGUGAGGACAUCUCGCAUGGACUUGAGACUGUGGGUCAAGCCCUGCACGAUCAGGGUUUGGGCAGGAACAUCGGAAAGCGGGUCGUCAUCGUGGCAGACGAUUGA